CAAGUCUUCAAUCUCCAAAAAUCCACCUCCACAAUCUCCUCUCGACUUCGAGCUCCUCGCUCUCAGCCAUGUCGGGCCGCGGCAAGGGAGGCAAGGGUCUGGGCAAGGGCGGCGCGAAGCGCCACCGCAAGGUGCUCCGCGACAACAUCCAGGGCAUCACGAAGCCGGCGAUCCGGAGGCUGGCGCGCAGGGGCGGCGUGAAGCGCAUCUCCGGGCUCAUCUACGAGGAGACCCGCGGCGUGCUCAAGAUCUUCCUCGAGAACGUCAUCCGCGACGCCGUCACCUACACGGAGCACGCCCGCCGCAAGACCGUCACCGCCAUGGACGUCGUCUACGCGCUCAAGCGCCAGGGCCGCACCCUCUACGGUUUCGGCGGCUAAGCUCGGUCCGCCCCCAAUCUCCGCUCCGGCGGCAUCUCUGGUUCCUGGUCGCCGUGCGCGUCGGUGGUGCUAUGUUUAGCAGCUGUUAGGGUUUCGUGUCGUCUGGUGUCUGUGCUAUCCGGCUGUCUUGUGCAAAGUUAUCUGUCCUGUUUUGUGUGUAUUGGAACAAUGCUAGAUGAAUGAAAUGGAUCUGUGUUUUAGUUACGACUGCA